UGGCGGCGGCAGCGCAUGCCCGGAGCGCGGCCGGAGAGGCCGCUGCUGCUGCCCGCGGGCGCUGAGGGGGCGGGCGGGGAGCAGCGGCGGCGGCCAUGGGCGAGACCGAGAGGCUUUAUUAUGUGUACAGCUGCGAUCUGGACAUCAACGUGCAGCUGAAGAUAGGAAGUCUGGAAGGGAAAAGGGAGCAGAAAAGCUACAAAGCUCUCCUAGAAGAUCCAAUGCUGAAGUUCUCGGGACUGUACCAAGAGACUUGCUCUGACUUGUAUGUAACUUGUCAGGUGUUCGCAGAGGGGAAGCCGCUUGCUCUUCCAAUUAGAACUUCCUACAAGGCUUUUAGCACUAGAUGGAACUGGAACGAGUGGCUGAAACUGCCUGUGAAGUAUCCAGACUUGCCUCGAAAUGCUCAGGUGGCUCUGACCAUCUGGGAUGUGUAUGGACCCGGUAAAGCUGUUCCUGUGGGAGGAACAACGGUCUCACUCUUCGGAAAAUAUGGUAUGUUUCGACAAGGAAUGCAUGACUUGAAAGUCUGGCCCAAUGUAGAAGCUGAUGGCUCCGAGCCCACCAAAACACCUGGGAGAACCAGCAGUACAGUCUCUGAAGAUCAAAUGAGCCGCUUGGCAAAGCUCACCAAGUCUCAUCGGCAGGGUCACAUGGUGAAAGUGGAUUGGCUGGACAGACUCACCUUUAGAGAAAUAGAAAUGAUCAAUGAGAGGGAAAAACGAAGCUCCAAUUUUAUGUACCUGAUGAUUGAAUUCCGUUGCGUCAAGUGCGAUGAUAAAGAAUAUGGAAUAGUUUACUAUGAAAAGGAUGGUGAUGAGUCAUCUCCAGUUUUAACAAGUCCUGAAAUUGUUAAGAUUCCAGAUCCUCAGAUGUCUAUGGAGAACUUAGUAGAGAGCAAACAUCACAAACUUGCUCGAAGUUUAAGAAGUGGACCUUCUGAUCAUGACCUGAAGCCUAAUGCAACUACACGAGACCAGCUUAAUAUCAUAGUGAGUUAUCCACCAACAAAGCAACUAACGUAUGAGGAACAGGAUUUGGUGUGGAAAUUCAGAUAUUACCUUACUCAUCAGGAGAAGGCCUUGACAAAGUUCCUGAAGUGUGUCAACUGGGAUCUACCACAGGAGGCAAAGCAAGCACUGGAACUGCUGGGCAAAUGGAAGCCCAUGGAUGUGGAAGACUCUCUGGAGCUUCUGUCAUCUCACUUUACCAACCCAACGGUGCGGCGCUAUGCUGUUGCCAGGCUUCAGCAGGCUGAUGAUGAGGAUUUGCUGAUGUACCUGCUACAGUUAGUCCAAGCAUUGAAAUAUGAAAAUUUUGAUGACAUUAAGAAUGGCCUGGAGCCUAGCAAGAGGGACAGUCAAGGUUCCAUGUCGGAAACUAUGACAACAUCUGGAUCUAAUGCUCCAGAAAUAGACAGUUCCCAGAUUAUGAGUCCUAUUCCACCUGUUUCCUCUCCACCUCUUACUUCUAAGACAAAAGAGCUUGCAGAAAAUGAAAACCUUGAUUAAGACCUUUGCACUUUCUUGAUAUCACGGGCAUGCAAAAAUUCCACAUUGGCAAACUACUUGUACUGGUAUGUAAUAGUGGAGUGUGAAGACCAAGAUACUCAGCAGAGGGACCCAAAGACUCAUGAAAUGUACUUAAACGUGAUGAGAAGAUUCAGUCAGGCUUUGCUGAAGGGUGAUAAGUCUGUCAGAGUUAUGCGCUCACUUUUGGCAGCCCAGCAGACAUUUGUAGAUCGGUUGGUUCAUGUAAUGAAGGCAGUGCAGCGUGAAAGUGGGAAUCGUAAGAAAAAGAAUGAGAGGCUUCAGGCAUUGUUAGCUGAUAAUGAAAAGAUGAAUUUAGCAGAUAUGGAACUUAUUCCACUUCCUCUGGAACCUCAGGUGAAAAUUAAAGGAAUAAUCCCUGAAAAAGCCACACUCUUCAAGAGUGCCUUAAUGCCUGCUCAGUUAUUCUUCAAGACAGAAGAUGGAGGCAAAUAUCCUGUAAUUUUUAAGCAUGGCGAUGAUUUACGUCAAGAUCAACUUAUUCUUCAGAUUAUUUCACUCAUGGAUAAGCUGUUAAGAAAAGAGAAUCUGGAUUUGAAGUUGACACCUUAUAAAGUGCUCGCAACUAGUACGAAACAUGGCUUCAUGCAAUUUAUUCCAUCAGUACCAGUUGCCGAAGUUCUUGCUACUGAGGAAACUAUACAGAACUUCUUCAGAAAGCAUGCCCCUAGUGAGACGGGCCCUCAUGGAAUCAGUGCAGAGGUGAUGGACACGUAUGUUAAGAGCUGUGCUGGUUAUUGUGUGAUUACUUACAUCCUUGGAGUUGGAGAUAGACAUCUGGAUAAUCUGUUGCUAACAAAAACAGGUAAACUGUUUCACAUUGACUUUGGUUAUAUUCUGGGCCGGGACCCCAAGCCCCUUCCUCCGCCAAUGAAGCUGAACAAAGAGAUGGUGGAAGGCAUGGGAGGCACCCAGAGUGAGCAGUACCAGGAGUUCCGUAAGCAGUGCUACACAGCCUUUCUCCACCUCCGCAGGUAUUCCAACUUGAUCUUGAAUUUAUUUUCCCUCAUGGUGGAUGCCAACAUUCCAGAUAUUGCUCUUGAACCUGACAAGACUGUAAAAAAGGUGCAGGACAAGUUUCGUUUGGACCUGUCUGAUGAAGAAGCUGUCCAUUAUAUGCAGAGUCUAAUUGAUGAGAGUGUUCAUGCCCUCUUUGCAGCUGUUGUGGAGCAGAUACACAAGUUUGCACAGUAUUGGAGAAAAUAAGUUUUUUGCCUGCUCUUGGUGGAAACAAGCAAAUGCUCAAAACAGAGGCUUUCUCAAGCCCUUGUAGACUUCACCAAACAGUUUGGAAAGCAAAAGCUGCAGAUUUAAUAGUGUGAAGAACUAAGAACUCAGAAAGUAGAUAAGGUUUUUGAAUCUCUGUUCAUUAAAGGUUCAAAACCAACCAUUUUUUAAAGGAAGAUGAUUGUUUGUACCAUCCUUGGGAGCCUCAAAGGUUGACAGAAGCAACGUCCUCUCAAGCCAGAGAAAAUUGGAAGAGGUUGGAUUUAAUGGAGAAUUCUUGUUUGUGUUAAUAUAUUUUUUAUUUAAAAAUAGAAGUAGAUACAAAGCUAAAGCAGGAAGGCUACAGUUUCUUGGUGCAGAAAAACCCCUCACAAAACUAGGGUAAUCCCCUCUCAUCCCUCCCUAACCACUUUGUUCCUUGAGUAAGUUUUUAAUAUAAUUCAUAUGAUCCUUUAUUUUCUGCCUUAGGCAAUGUUAUCGUUUAGAACGGACAAUCAUUUCCUGCCUGCUUAUAAAAGUGUUUUUAAGUGCUGAUAAGUUACCCCAGCUGUAGGCAGAUCACUAACAGGCUCAGCAACGGGAAUGCACAGUGAGCAAUUCAGUAUUUCACACUUCAGAUAUUUUCUGUACAGUGAUUAUAUAUUCUUCACUCUAAUAAAAACCUUUGUUGUUGCAGUCUU